AUGGAUCCAAGACAACCGCAGCACCCUUUCUCGCGGAAUACCGCCUCGCCAUACGGACGAACCCCCUUUCCUCCCUCCUCGAAUCAAGCCCCCUUUCCUCCCUCAUCGCAUCCUCCUCCUGCUGCGCCAGCUUACUCGGAGCGUCAACGACGACCUUCUGAUCCACCAUAUUACAACCCGCCACGAAAUUAUGGUCAGGAUGGAGCGCCGAUGGGAGGACCAGGACAUACAAGACAUCAGAGCACAUCGUCGAUAGGACAAGGAACACCUGUGAACCGAAGUAUGCCGCCUCCCUCUUCACCACAACAGCAGGCACCUCAAGCUCCUGCACAUCAUGGAUAUGGCCCACCACCGCCUAGGGCGCCUCCUGUUUCUGUUGGACCACCUUCAUCUUUUCCUUCGAAUCGAGAUCUUCCGACUUUGCCUCCGUUGAAUCGGCCGCAGAGUACUGGAGGGAGCAGCAUGUCAAUUUCGUCGAUGCUUGGAGGGCCAUCUCGAGAACCAGCUCCACCACAAUAUGCGUCUCCAGUUGCUACAUCUGCGCCACCAAAUCCAAUGUAUGGACCUGCGCAUGCAUCACCUCGAAUGGCCUCGACUGGUCCAGACUAUGCUCCGUUUCGUAGACCUCAAACCCCCGAGCACCAGCGACCAUAUGAUCCUCGGGAUAACAGAGCAAACUCGGCUUCAGCCGGUUCCCCUACGAAUAUGAAUCACCACUACACGCCAGAAGGCAGGAAAUUUGGCACACCGCAGCAGGGAUAUGGCCAAAGAGUGGAAGAGCGGAGAGAACCAACCCGUAUUCAGAAUCCGAAUGUACCUCCGCCACGACCAAGCAGUCAACCAAGCGCAUUUAGCCAUGGACCGCAUCGAGUGCCAGAAAAUCCUCGACCAGUACAUCAAGAAGGUAUGUUUGGGAGGAGGGUUGAGAAUGUACCGCGGGCGCCUGAACCCCAGCGACAGGAACCCGCAUAUGGUCGGCCCGGUUUCGAGGAAAGACAUGGUGCAUAUGGGUAUGCGGAGAGAGAGAGACAAGAAAGAGAAGCGGCGAUGCAACGAGAGAGAGAUAGAUUGGAACGAGAUAGGGAGAGGGAAAGGGAAAGGGGGCGAGAAAGGGAACGAGACAUUGCUAUUCAACGAGAACGAGAGCAACGAGACAGAGCGGAACAGGAGUACGCCCACGAAAUGGCGCGCAGAAAUGCGCAGCAGGCAUACAACCGACCCCCAGAACCAGCGAGGGAACAGCAUGUUUGGAACCGCGGCCAUCACGAACCACAGAGGCCCGAAUAUGACCAACCCCCACCAGCAGAGAGAAGAUAUGAAUACCCAGGAAGCACUGGCCCUCAAUAUUCGGGUCCACCUCCUGCAUAUGCAUCGAACGAGCCAAGGUAUGGACCCGCUCCACAACCAACAUCGGCACCUCACCAGAAUCCACCUACAACCCAUUAUGAGGCAACCGCCUCACUCCAGGAAAGACUUCGAAUUGCUCAGCAACAACAACAGCAGCAGCAACAAGAACAGCAACAUCGCUUACAGUAUGGCGGACCGCCUCCAGCUCAAUAUCAACCGCACGAGUCUCCUCAAAGGCGGCCCGUGGAAGAUCCUCAGCAAUUACAGCAGCAGCGAAAUUUCCUCAAUGUGCAGGAAUUGAAUCGCCGAGGCCGUGCUUCUCCUCUUCCGCAGGCAGUCCAAGGCGUUCAAGGCCAGCUGAAUGGACCAGGUAGCGAGCCAAGUAUCAAAAAUGAGUUUGGCAAGAUGUUCUCGGGUAUUGGGAGUGGAGUCGGUGCUGCGAUGGGUGUCCCAAGCCCAGUGUCUGCUGGUCCUCAGGGAAUGCCGUUCUCAAAUGCUGGACAAUUACGUCGCGAGGAUCUGGAGAGUUUGCAAGAGUCGCCAGUUGAAGCAGGUGGUCACAAGAUUGCUCGUUCUGCAUCUCGAGGUGGCCGAAGGCGGAAGCUCAAAGAGGAAGACAGUAAAGGCGAUGAUGAGAGCAGCACCGGAAGACGUACACCUAGUGGACGUGGUAAACGUGCUAAGACACAUCAUCAUCACCAUCACCAUCACCAUCACCAUCGCACAGAUCCAGCUGACAAUGCAUCCUCGCCAUCUCAAUCCAACCUCACUCCAUUCAAGAGCGCCAAGGGCUCUACUAUCCCAUCACCUCCAGGCCUUGAGAAAGCAAAUCCCAAUGUACAUCAUCAUCACGUCCCACGACACCAUCACCACCACGUGACUCCGGCCAAGCCACCUCCCCAAGUAAACACCGUAAUCCCUAAACCGAAGACUACAAUUCAUAACAAAGAUGUACUUGACUCUGUUGCCCAUCUUCCUCGAAACAAUCUCGGACACGGUUACUACAAGUCCACCAUAAAACCAGGACGGACAUCCGUGAAACGUGACUUGACGCCAGGUAGAGGAUUUGCCAGCACUCCUGAAGCUCUUCCAAACUUUGAAGGCAGCGAGAAUAGUAUCUAUACCAUCAGGAUUCCCCGGAUUCACCUUGGCCAGAUCGCUCGAGAAGAAAUAACAAGGAGGAGAGCCGUAUGGGGCACGGAUAUCUACACUGAUGAUUCCGACAUCAUCGCAGCAUGUAUACACCAAGGCUGGUUUCGCGGAGCGUGGUCGGAUGAUAUUGAUGUAUCGUUGCUCGACCUGGUAAUUGACAUCCCAACCAAGAAUGGCAACGUUCAGAAAGACAUCAACAUCGACGAAACUAUCACCGCCCCUCCACCGACUGGCCCUAUGGAAGUUCCCGAGAACCGCGAUUGCCAUGUCACCAUCCUCGUCCUCCCAGCCCUUGAGAGCUACGCCAGCCUCACUCGCUUCGGCAUCAGAAGUCGCGAAUGGGGUUUGAAACGAGAUGACUAUCAAGGUGUGCACGAUGGGCUGAGCUUUAUGAUCGCUAGCGUGAAAUGGGUCAAAGGUGUCGAUGGACAGGAAGCUCGUAGCGGGAAUGCCAGGUCUAGAAUAUUUGCUCAACAACUCAAUGCCCAAGAACUUGACGAUGAGGAGGCGGAAGCUGAAUACUUGCUGAACGCGCCGAUGGGACAGGGGAGAUUUGAAGAGAGUGAUAUGAGGAGUGGGUUCACGGGUAUUGGGACGAAGAGUUGGUGGAAGGGCUCGAAUGGGACUACGGGGAGUAAGCAGGGGAAAGAUAAGGAGAAGGAGAAAGAAGGCAGCAAAGAACCUGCUUCGAAGGAACCACCAGCUUCCGAGCCGAAUGAAGUUGAAAGUAUAGAACGUGGGCAGAAUCCUGAACCACAGCCCGAAUCCGUCUCCCAGCCAGCGGACACAGAUCAACAGCAACAGAUCGACCGCAUCACCGAACGCAUGGUAGCCAAUGCCAACACGGCUUCCGCGCCAGCUACACCUGACGCCUCGGCAUUCCCUGAGAGUGUGCAAGCGGGUGCUGAGAAGGAUAAGGAUAAGGAUAAGGACGGAGAUGGCACCGAGGCUGAGACAGUCAGGAGGCCAAGCGGGAUGGGUAGUGCGGCGAAGGCUAUUCUGGCAUUUGGACUUGAUGGGAAGGGUGGGAGUGUGGGCAGUAUUCCUAUUUGA